AUGGCUGACACGGAGUUGGACGUUGAUAACGUCAUCGAACGCCUAUUGGAGGUCCGGGGACAGAGACCUGGUAAACAGGUGCAGCUACAAGAAUCCGAAAUCAAAGCGCUUUGUUUGAAAAGUCGAGAGAUCUUCUUACAACAGCCCAUCCUUCUAGAGUUGCAGGCGCCCAUCAAAAUCUGCGGUGACGUACACGGCCAAUAUUUCGACUUACUCCGGUUGUUUGAGUACGGUGGUUUCCCGCCCGAAUCAAAUUACCUGUUUCUGGGAGACUACGUUGACAGAGGAAAGCAAUCGCUGGAGACUAUUUGCCUGCUUUUAGCUUACAAGAUCAAGUACCCUGAGAACUUCUUCCUUCUCCGCGGCAAUCACGAGUGUGCUUCAAUUAAUCGUAUAUACGGAUUCUAUGACGAAUGCAAAAGAAGAUAUAACAUCAAGCUUUGGAAGACGUUCACAGACUGCUUUAACUGUCUCCCCAUCGCGGCCAUCAUUGACGAGCGCAUCUUUUGCAUGCACGGAGGGCUGUCGCCUGAUUUACAUUCCAUGGAACAGCUGCGAAGAAUUAUGCGACCCACAGACGUGCCUGACACCGGUUUACUAUGUGACUUGCUGUGGUCCGACCCCGACUCAGAUAUCACGGGCUGGGGCGAGAACGAUCGGGGCGUGUCCUUUACUUUUGGACCGGACGUGGUGCAGAAGUUUUUGGCCAAACACGACUUUGACCUGAUUUGCCGAGCCCAUCAGGUGGUGGAGGAUGGCUACGAGUUCUUUGCCAAGAGACAGCUGGUGACUAUAUUCUCAGCACCCAAUUACUGUGGAGAGUUCGAUAACGCCGGAGCGAUGAUGAGUGUAGAUGAGACGUUGAUGUGCUCAUUCCAUAUUCUGAAGCCUACGGAUAAGAAGAUGUUGCAAAAGAAGAAGUAA